AUGGAACCGAAACCUUUGGGAGCGCCGAAUGAUACAUAUAUCCUGCUGGGUCCCACUAGAAACCUUUCCAUCAAGGGUGGUCUGGUUAAUCGGACUCCCUUUCCAAAAGAACCACGCUGCCGCCGCCCCCGCCGCUUCCGCGUCCGCCUCGUCAGCUGCCGCUGCAUCCGAGCUGCAGCUAAUAUUUUCUCGUUCGUUCUGCCCCUUCGUCGCGCUGCUCCUUCUCCGACGGACGACGGAGCCUGCCGCAGCGCUUCGGAAGGCGAAGGCGGAGGUGGAGUGGUCCAUCAGCCGGCGGCGGCGUGGUUCGUCAGGCGGUCCCUUGAGUUUCUGAUUGGAAAGUGGCAAACUCAUGGGCAGUGGUUUCUCGCGUCGAUUAGCUGGCCUAGGUACAACCAAAAGAUUCAACCCAAAAAAGGAAAGGUGAAGAUUCUGGAGUCGGCUCACCGGCACAACAAAACCAGAUCAACAAAAUGGGUUAGUCUUCCGGUGCUCACCGCCGCGCGCAUGAAUCGGAGCCCUAGAGAGAAUUCGCGUUAAAUUGGAAUAAGAAAAUGCCAUCGAUUGUUUGUGGUUUGCUUCGGAUUGUGAUGAACUCGGAGAAGGUUUUUCACAACGCUCGGUUGUUUCUCUUUCUAUUUUAUGGCUGCUUGUUACAUUGAGAAUGGGAAAGUUGUGUGGGGCGAUUGCAGAGUCGCAAGGACGUGAAGGAUGUUUGUCUGUUGUUAAGAGGCAGCUGUUGUUUAAAAGUUGUAAUCUUCUGCUUCAAGAAAUAAGUUUCUUGACAGUUGUGUUUGAUGAUCUCCAUUCGUGACAUUUUGAAUAGGAAUACUCAGCCGCAGUUUCAGUUCA